GGCUUAAUUAAGUGGAGAGGCUCAGCUCACCAUUGGAGCCGACGCUGAAGCGCAAGCCUGACAUCUCGCCGCUGAUCAUUUCUCCGAUUCCGCUCUCUCUCUCUCUCUCGGCUUUAGAACUGAACUCGGCGAUCUCCGGCGGGGCUAGUUCGUCGAUCCGGUCGCGUACCAUCCGCUCCAUUGCCGGCAUAGGUGGCCCUCCCUUUUGGGAAGCUCGCCAUUCUCGUCGGGGCAGUGAAAGUGAGCGGAGUGAGAAGUUAGGGAAGGAGGAAUGGGUGAGAAGGAGGAGGAGGUGGAGAAGAAGGGGAAGCACAAGGGGAAGCACGACAAGCCCAAGCCAUGGGACGAAGACCCCAACAUCGAUCACUGGAAGAUUGAGAAGUUCGAUCCUUCCUGGAACGAAGGCGGCAUGCUCGAAGUUAGCUCUUUCUCCACUCUCUUCCCUAAAUAUCUAGAAAAAAAAUUGCCAGAGGUAUGGCCAUCCGUGAAAUCUGCACUGAAAGAGUACGGCAUUGUUGGAGAGCUGAACCUUAAUGAAGGCACCAUGACAGUUUCAACGACCAGGAAGACGAAGGACCCUUAUAUCAUAAUUAAAGCUAGGGAUCUUAUUAGACUCCUUUCUAGAAGUGUUCCUGCUCCUCAUGCAAUAAAAAUAUUGGAUGAUGAAGUGCAGUGCGACAUCAUAAAAAUUGCUAGCUUAGUGAGAAACAAGGAGAAAUUUGUCAAAAGGCGGCAACAAAUUAUUGGUCCAAAUAACUCUACUCUAAAGGCGCUUGAAAUCUUAACUGGGUGCUAUAUAGUGGUACUGGGAAGUACGGUCGCUGCGAUGGGGUCUUUUAAGGGACUAAAGCAAAUUAGAAGAAUCGUAGAAGACUGCAUGCAGAAUAAAAUGCAUCCUAUAUAUCACAUCAAGGUGCUCAUGAUAAAGAAGGAACUGGAGAAAGAUCCAGCCCUUGCUAAUGAGAACUGGGAUAGGUUUCUUCCAAAAUUUAAAAAGAAGACUGCCAAACGCAAGAAGGUCAAAAGUAAAGAGAAGAAAACAUACACACCCUUUCCUCCUCCUCCGCAACCUAGCAAGAUUGAUUUGCAACUGGAGAGCGGUGAAUACUUCCUGACCAACAAAAAGAAGCUUGAAAAGAAAUGGCUGGAGAAGCAGGAGAAGCAGGCCGAGAAAACUGCAGAAAACAAAAGGAAAAGAGAGGCUGCCUUUCUUCCUCCAGAGGAGCCCACACAGAAAAUACCUGAAGAAGCCGGCAUUGACAACAGUGAGGUUGCUGCAUUGGCCAAGUCCCUGAAGAGAAAGGCCAAGGAGUUUGGUCAGCAGAAGUUCAGCGAAGAUAUCAACCCGGAGGCAUAUAUCGCAACAUCUGGAGAACCACCAUUCAGGAAGAAAAAGUCGAAGCGCUCCAAAGCAGACGAAUGAUGAUUGUGUGAUUUGUAACAGCACAUUACAGUGAGGGGAAAUUUUGAUCUGGCUGUGUUGGUAACUACUGAGAGUGCACGAGCUAAUCUGACAUUUGCUUGCUUCCCUCAUCGUCACAUGCACUAUUAUUAAGAUUUUGAUGAAUCUCGAGAUGGAUCAUCUCUUACGGACAGAACGGUGUAUGAACUGCACGUCGAUGGCCAUAUGCAUCGUACUGGUAGAGAUUAUAUCACAUGAUCGACUUGAGAGCUGAAGUAAUUUAUCGAGAUCAGUUUUUUUUGAAAA